AAUUAGAGUAGGCAACAGUAUAACUUUUUGUAUUUUUUUAAGACCGGUUUAGAAGUUUCUUAAAAUAAUUUAUUAAUUAGAGCCAUAAAAAAUACAAUGUAUAAACAACUAAAUAAUCUGUAAUAUAAUCUUCUAUGUUUAUUGAGUUUUCUUUAAAAUAUGUGUCAUUUCUUGGUGGUAAAAUUGGACAAUAGUCCUUAAACUACUUGAUUAUGGUUGAUAUCUCAAUUUUGGGAAAAUACCCUGCAAAAGGGCCAAGGAUGGGAAUGUUAUUCCGACAUACAUUGCAAAUCUUCAUCAGCUCUAAAAAGAAAGGUACGGAGAAGGUGAAACUAUCAUUUAUGGUUUUUAAAACAUAUGCCCGAGUUAAGCAAAAAUUAAUUGAACAUAACAGGCAUUGGAAAAUCGAAAGAAAAUCCAUAAAGUCAUCAGCCAAUAGGAUCGCUUUGUGUGACCGAAGCUUCGUUCUUGGUUCAGUAUCGGCCAUUUUCCUUGGCGUCACUCGCUCGUGA